AUGUAUCACCAGCCACCAGUGCGCCGCCUGAGCACCCAGAGCGCCCAGAGCGCUCACAGCACCCAGUACUCCCCCCAAACGUCGCCGCCCAACACCGCGAACGGUUUCCCUCAGCACAACCUUAUCCCGGUACCCUGCCGCCAAUUGCACCCUCCAAAGUCGCCGCUCUACCGUCCCGCGGUGCUGCGCGCCAUCGACCACAUCUCGUCGUCGCGACCGACCACUGGCUCGUCGCUGCUGUCCACCUCGCCCAAGUCGGUAACUUCAGCCGACCUGUUCGGCGACUUCAAACGCGAGGCCGAGUACAACGAUGACUUUGAGGAUGCGAUUGGCGAUGACGUCUGUGAGGAGGAGGAGGACGCGGGCAAGGUUACUGGACCGCCGAAGAGACAGCACUGGAAGCCUGACGCCGAAGCUGCCAUCUGCGAUUCUCCCGCCUGCAUCAAGCAGUUCACAUUCUACGUCCGCCGACACCAUUGCCGGAGGUGCGGCAAUGUAUUCUGCUCCCAGCACGCCUACCACUUCCUCCCGCUAAACCAGAACGGCCGCGUCCAUCCGGAGGGAACCUCCUCCAGGGUCUGCGACACAUGCUACGGCGACUACCGACGGAUCCGUGCUGUCCGCCGCACCGGUUCGAUGAGCUCCAGCUCCACCAGCUCGACGCUCUCCGGCUCUCCCCCGAGCAGCAUUGGCAUGGGCAUCAAGCCGAUCCCAAGACGCAUAGAUGAUGUCGCUGGACUCGCGGGCAAGGUCGGCAGCUAUGUCGGCUCCGUUCCGAGGGAUUGGAGCUGGAGCACGUUCUAG